UGAGGGCUUGGGGGCCGCGCGCGCCAACCGGGAAGCGGGAGCGGGAAAAAGCGGGACCGGGAGCGGAAAGAAGCGGGGCUGGGAGCGAGGUUGCAGCUCCCUCCGGCCACCAUGGCGCUCAUCUGCUCCAUCUCCAACGAGGUGCCGGAGCACCCGUGCGUGUCGCCUGUGUCCAACCACGUGUACGAGCGGCGGCUGAUCGAGAAGUACAUUGCCGAGAACGGCACCGACCCUGUCAACAACCAGCCCCUGGCUGAGGAGCAGCUCAUCGACAUCAAAGUUGCCCACCCGAUCCGCCCCAAGCCCCCGUCGGCCACCAGCAUCCCGGCCAUCCUGAAAGCGCUGCAGGACGAGUGGGAUGCUGUGAUGCUGCACAGCUUUACACUGCGGCAGCAGCUGCAGACCACGCGCCAGGAGCUGUCCCACGCCCUGUACCAGCACGACGCCGCCUGCCGCGUCAUUGCCCGCCUCACCAAGGAGGUCACGGCCGCCAGGGAAGCUCUGGCCACCCUGAAGCCCCAGGCUGGGCUCAUUGUGCCCCAGGCGGUGCCGUCGGCACAGCCCAACGUGGCGGGUGCCGGGGAGGCCAUGGAUUUGGGAGAACUGGCAGGAAUGACCCCAGAGAUCAUCCAGAAGCUCCAAGACAAGGCCACGGUGCUGACCACGGAGCGUAAAAAGAGGGGCAAGACUGUUCCUGAGGAGCUGGUGAAGCCAGAGGAGCUCAGCAAGUACCGGCAGAUCGCCUCCCACGUGGGGCUGCACAGCGCCAGCAUCCCAGGAAUUCUGGCCUUGGAUCUGUGUCCUUCUGACACCAACAAGAUCCUUACUGGUGGGGCAGAUAAAAAUGUCAUUGUGUUCGACAAGAGCUCGGAGCAGAUCCUGGCCACGCUCAAAGGACACACCAAGAAGGUCACCAGUGUCGUCUUCCACCCAUCCCAGGAGUUGGUGUUCUCGGCUUCUCCUGACGCCACGAUCCGGAUCUGGUCCAUUCCCAAUGCCUCCUGUGUCCAGGUGGUCCGUGCCCAUGAGGGCUCCGUGACUGGGCUCAGCCUCCACGCCACCGGAGAUUACCUGCUCAGCUCCUCGGAUGACCAGUACUGGGCUUUCUCAGAUAUCCAGACGGGCCGUGUCCUCACCAAGGUGACAGAUGAGAGCUCUGGAUGUGCUCUCACCUGUGCCCAGUUCCACCCAGACGGGCUCAUUUUUGGGACGGGAACGAUGGAUUCGCAAAUCAAGAUCUGGGAUCUGAAGGAACGCACCAACGUGGCCAACUUCCCGGGACACUCUGGGCCCAUCACCAGCAUUGCCUUCUCCGAGAACGGAUAUUACCUGGCCACGGCCGCCGACGACUCCUCCGUCAAACUCUGGGAUCUGCGCAAGCUCAAGAACUUCAAGACGCUGCAGCUGGACAACAACUUCGAGGUGAAAUCCCUGAUUUUCGACCAGAGUGGGACCUACCUGGCGCUGGGCGGGACCGACGUCCAGAUCUACAUCUGCAAGCAGUGGACGGAGAUCCUGCACUUCACAGAGCACAGUGGCCUGACUACGGGAGUGGCCUUUGGCCACCACACCAAGUUCAUCGCGUCCACGGGGAUGGACCGGAGCCUCAAGUUCUACAGCCUGUAAUCCCGGGAUCCCGCCAGGAUUCGGGGUGGGAGGUGGGUGGGAAUAUCCAUAUGGGAUUAUCCAAAUGGGAAUACCCCAGUGGGAUUAUCAAGCUCCCCUGUCGUAGCUGUUGGUGCAAGGGGGAAGUUGGGCGUCGUCUUCCCCACACUCUGUGAAUUCAUUGUUUAGGGUUUUUUUUCCUAAUUCCGUGUGUUUUCCGCCUUUAGAAUUGUUUUGUGCUUGUAACUGAUGUGAACCCCCUCCCCUGCCCCCUUAUCCUUGUGCUUGUGGAAUUUGGAGGCUGGGACGUGUGGAAGGAGGGAAGGAAUGUGCAGAUUUUUGUACGCAGUCACUUAGUUUCAGUAUGGAAAUAAAGGAUUAUUCCCUGUCAUCCCA